UCAGGGGACGCCCGCCUCGCGCCGUCCCCGACCCGCGACGUUAUCGAAAUCGUAACACUCCAUCCCUCCAAAAUAAACAUUCGAAUGUUCUAAGUUUAUUUUGAGUUCUAGUAAGUUCUAUUGAUACUUGUGAGUGGAUUAUUGCCCUAUAGCCAUCGGUUUAUAUUGUAUGAUGACACGUGCAAGUAUGGCAAACACGCUGAACAGUAUGAACCAAUUUAGCAACAACUCAACCCCAACUACGAGCACAACGGCGAGCAAUGUCAUUACAGUUGCUAAAUCAACGCAUAAUAAACGCCCGCCCAUCAUCAUUUACCCCACCGUAACACCGGAGUCUAUAGUUAUACCUAUUGUGUCGUGUAUUUUCGGCUUUCCCCUGCUAGCUCUGACUGUGAUAUGCUGUUUGAGACGAAGAGCUAAACUUGCCAGAGAACGCGCACGUCGACGGAACUGUGAAUUGGACCGUGGGGAGCUAUCAGUGGUGCGUUUGUCUCCAGUGAAGAACAGGGCCAGGGCUGUCAGCCUAGUGAGGUCCCCCAGGCCGCCGCCCACGCUCGAACUGGACACAGUAUUGGAAGAACGCUCCGAUCCUGAACAAACAACACUAUCACAAGUGGAAAUAACGCCCGACCGCGAAGUGGGGACCAUCUUGUUCAGUGCAAUAGGCGCCGUAGGCACAGCUGCAGUGACCGCGGCGGCCUGCGCUCGAGACAGCUAGCGGCGGGGCUCAGCGCAGCUCGGCGCCCGCUCGCCGCUCUGGGCCGCGCUGACCAGCCAACCCCUCGACGACGACAUCGAUGACGUCAACGACACGGACAGCUAGCAGGCGAUCGACGACCGCUCCAUCACCGAUAUAGGGGAGCACAUGAAAUUGUUCUUGGACAUUCCAUUACGAUUCUAAAUUCGAAGGGUCAUUGGAGCAAUUAUUCGUAGUUAUAUCUGUCAAUGUAGAAUAUUGAGUGUGUUCUUAAUUAAGGAUAAAGAUUAAUGUAUACCAUAAUAGAACAAUAUAUCUAUAGUAUAGUGUAAACCAAGGAAAUAUAAGUCCAAACAACGUAAAUUAAAUGAGUUUAGAUACAUUGUCAAUACAUUUUUAAGUAAUAAAAGCUUCAUAUCAAGUAGAGAUAUUUACAAUGUUAAUCUUCUACUCUAUGAGGAAUUAUUAUUUAUAAUGUAAGUAAUAAGUAGGUCGCUUUGCUUGUAAUAAAUAAGUAUAUAUUCUAUA